CCUGCACUCAGUCCCAGUGCUGUUCUGGACCCGGCAGGAGGCCCAUGGAGCCUGGGGCCACAGGCCACAGAGGACAAGGGCCAGAUACCCCAGCCAUGGCUCUGGGCCAUUGAUCCAGCUCAGGCCAGCCUGGUGGGGGUGGGGAAACCUUGGCCUGGACAAACAGCGGCUCCUGAGGUCGGGGUGCAGGACCGCCACCCCCUUGCCACUCCAGGAGGAUGCCCACGGCCGAGGCCCCCCAGGUCGCUGGCGGGCAGGGCGAUGGCGGCGACGGUGAGGAAGCAGAGCCCGAGGGGAUGUUCAAGGCCUCCAAGAGGAAAGCCCGAGACUACAUGCGCCUGGCGCCCCUGUUGCUGGCCCUGGUGGUGCUGGCUUCGGCGGGGGUGAUGCUCUGGUAUUUCCUAGGGUACAGGGCCGAGGGGACGGUCAGCCAGGUGUACGCCGGCAGCCUCCGGGUGCUCAAUCGCCACUUCUCCCAGGACCUCGCCCGCCGGGAGUCUAGCACCUUCCGCAGUGAGGCUGCCAAAGCCCAGAGGAUGCUCAAAGAGCUCGUUGGUAGCACCCGCCUGGGCACUUACUACAACUCCAGCUCCGUCUACUCCUUCGGUGAGGGACCCCUCACCUGCUUCUUCUGGUUCAUCCUGCAAAUCCCGGAGCACCUCCAGCCCACGCUGAGCCCCGAGACGGUGCGGGCGCUGCUGGUGGAGGAGCUGCUGUCUGUGGCCAACCGCUCGGCCCCUGUCUCCUACAUGGUCGAGUACGAGGUGGACCCCGAGGGUCUGGUGAUCCUGGAAGCCAGCGUGAAAGACAUAGUCGCGCUGAAUUCCACGCUGGGCUGUUACCGCUACAGCUAUGUGGGCCAGGGCCAGGCCCUGCGGCUGAAGGGCCCCGACCAGCUGGCCUCCAGUUGCCUGUGGCACCUGCAGGGCCCCCAGGAGCUCAUGCUCAAGGUGCGGCUGGAGUGGACCCUGCCCGAGUGCCGAGACCGCCUGGCCAUGUAUGACGCAGCUGGGCCAUUGGAAAAGAGGCUCAUUACCUCGGUCUAUGGCUGCAGCCGACAGGAGCCGGCGCUGGAGGUGCUGGCCUCAGGCGCCAUCAUGGCGGUCGUCUGGAAGAAGGGUCUGCACAGCUAUGUCGACCCCUUCGUGCUCUCUGUGCAGCCCGUGGCCUUCCAGGCCUGCCAGGUGAACCUGACACUGGAAGGCCGGCUGGAACCACAGGGUGCCCUCAGCACACCCUACUUCCCCAGCUACUACUCUCCCAACACCCACUGCUCCUGGCACCUCACGGUGCCAUCUCUGGACUACGGCUUGGCCCUUUGGUUUGACGCCUAUGCUCUGCGGAGACAGAAGUACGGCCUGCUGUGCACCCAGGGACAGUGGACGAUACAGAACAGGAGGCUAUGUGGCUUGCGUACCCUGCAGCCCUACGCUGAGAGGAUCCCCGUGUUGGCCACGGCUGGCAUCACCAUCAACUUCACAUCGCAGAGCCCUCUGACAGGGCCAGGCGUGCGGGUGCACUACAGCCUGUACAACCAGUCGGACCCCUGCCCUGGCGAGUUCCUCUGCUCCGUGAAUGGACUCUGUGUCCCUGCCUGUGAUGGGAUCAAGGACUGUCCCAACGGCCUGGAUGAGAGAAACUGCGGUACCGCCAAGUCCCAGCCUGGUCCUCUGGCUCCCUCCCCUGCCCUUCUGUGUCCCACAGUUUGUAGAGCCACCUUCCAGUGCCCGGAAGACAGCACCUGCAUCUCCCUGCCCCGCGUAUGUGAUGGACAGCCUGACUGUGUCAACGGCAGUGAUGAGGAGCAGUGCCAAGAAGGAGUGCCUUGUGGGACCUUCACCUUCCGGUGUAAGGACCGCAGCUGUGUGCGGAAGCCCAAUCCUCAGUGUGAUGGGCAGCCAGACUGCAAGGACGGUUCAGACGAGCUCCACUGCGACUGUGGCCUCCAGGGCCCCUCCACUCGCAUCGUGGGCGGGGCCGUGUCCUCUGAGGGUGAGUGGCCGUGGCAGGCCAGCCUCCAGGUUCGGGGCCGACACAUCUGUGGGGGCGCCCUCAUUGCCGACCGCUGGGUGAUCACAGCUGCCCACUGCUUCCAGGAGGACAGCAUGGCCUCCCCGGCGCUGUGGACCGUGUUCCUGGGCAAGAUGCAGCAGAAUUCCCGCUGGCCUGGGGAGGUGUCCUCCAAGGUGAACCGCCUGCUCCUGCACCCGUACCACGAGGCGGACAGCCACGACUACGAUGUGGCCCUGCUGCAGCUCGACCACCCGGUGGUGCGCUCCGCCACCGUGCGCCCUGUGUGCCUGCCCGCACACUCCCACUUCUUUCAGUCGGGCCUGCACUGCUGGAUCACAGGCUGGGGCGCCCUGCGAGAAGGCGGCCCCACCAGCAAUGUCCUGCAGAAAGUGGAUGUGCAGCUGGUUGCGCAGGACCUGUGCAGCGAGGCCUAUCACUACCAGGUGACACCGCGCAUGCUGUGUGCCGGCUACCGCAAGGGCAAGAAGGACGCCUGCCAGGGUGACUCUGGUGGCCCUCUGGUGUGCAAGGAGCCCAGUGGCCGCUGGUUCCUGGCAGGGCUGGUCAGCUGGGGCCUGGGCUGUGGCCGGCCCAACUACUUUGGCGUUUACACACGCAUCACAGGUGUGAUCGGCUGGAUCCAGCAGGCGCUGACCUGAGGUCCUGUGAGCCGGGGCCCACCUCUUGGACAGAGUGCACAGGGCACUUUCCAGGGAGGUGAACUAGUAUUCUGGGGGCAAGUAGCCCUGUGGAGGGAGGAGGCAGCACCCUGUCCCCACCAUGCCCCAGUGACUGCACAGGGAGGGGAAGGGCCAUCAGCCCACUGGCCCAGGGUCAGACCUGGCCCUGCCACCUCCCAAUCGAUCCUCUCCUCGCAGUCUCCUCCUUCCCCUCCCUCCACACUGUUUUGGGGGUACUCAGAGGGACAGUGCAGCUCUCCGUCCCAUGGAGAAGGCCCGGGGUGCGCUCCUGCAGGCGGAGUCUGCUGCAUCUGCGCAGCACUGGCUCCAGAGCAGGUUCCAGCCUCUGCCCCUCCCUGGGGGUGGGGAGGUGUCCCUGCCAGAGGGGACUUGGGGCCCUGGAGACCCCACGUGGGCAGCUGCUACCAUAAGCCAAAGGGUGGGGUGGCCUGAGCCGGAGGGUCCCCCGCACCCCUUCC